CCCACCCGCCGCCCGCCCAGGCACUGCCCGCGGGAGCCGCCGCCGCCGCCGCGCCCGCCAUGGACGUCCGCCUGUACCCCUCGGCGCCCGCGGUGGGCGCGCGGCCCGGGGCCGAGCCGGCCGGCCUGGCGCCCCUGGACUAUUACCACUGCGGCAAGUUUGAUGGUGAGAGUGCCUACGUGGGGAUGAGUGACGGAAACCCAGAGCUCCUGUCAACCAGCCAGACCUACACCAGCCAGAACGAAAGCAACGAAGACUAUGAGAUCCCCCCAAUAACACCUCCCACUCCCGAGCCAUCCCUCCUGCACCUGGGGGACCACGAAGCCGGCUACCACUCGCUGUGCCACAGCCUCGCACCCAACGGACUGCUCCCUGCUUACUCCUACCAGGCCAUGGACCUCCCAGCCAUCAUGGUGUCCAACAUGCUGGCCCAGGACAGCCACCUGCUGUCAGGCCAGCUGCCCACGAUCCAAGAGAUGGUCCACUCGGAAGUUGCUGCCUAUGACUCCGGCCGACCGGGGCCCCUGCUGGGCCGCCCGGCGAUGCUGGCCAGCCACAUGAGCGCCCUCAGCCAGUCCCAGCUCAUCUCUCAGAUGGGCAUCCGGAGCGGCAUCACCCACAGCUCCCCAUCACCCCCAGGGAGCAAGUCGGCCACCCCCUCUCCCUCCAGUUCAACUCAGGAGGAGGAGUCAGAGGCACAUUUCAAGAUGUCGGGAGAGAAGAGACCCUCAGCCGACCCCGGCAAAAAGGCCAAGAACCCGAAGAAGAAGAAGAAGAAGGACCCCAAUGAGCCCCAGAAACCCGUGUCAGCCUAUGCGCUCUUCUUCAGAGACACUCAGGCCGCCAUCAAGGGACAGAACCCCAGUGCGACCUUCGGGGAUGUGUCCAAAAUCGUGGCCUCCAUGUGGGACAGCUUGGGAGAGGAGCAGAAGCAGGCCUACAAGAGGAAGACUGAAGCAGCGAAGAAGGAGUAUCUGAAGGCGCUGGCAGCCUACAGGGCCAGCCUUGUCUCCAAGAGCUCCCCCGACCAGGGCGAGACCAAGAGCACGCAGGCGAACCCACCGGCCAAAAUGCUCCCACCCAAGCAGCCCAUGUACGCCAUGCCAGGCCUGGCUUCCUUCUUGACGCCGUCCGACCUGCAGGCCUUCCGCAGUGGGGCCUCGCCCGCCAGCCUCGCCCGGACGCUGGGCUCCAAGUCGCUGCUGCCAGGCCUCAGCGCAUCCCCACCGCCACCCCCCUCCUUCCCUCUCAGCACCCCCCUGCACCAGCAGCUGCCACUGCCCCCCCACGCCCAGGGCACCCUCCUCACCCCCCCUGUCAGCAUGUCCCCGGCCCCCCAGCCUCCUGUCCUGCCGGCUCCCAUGGCACUCCAGGUGCAGCUGGCCAUGAGCCCCUCACCUCCAGGGCCACAGGACUUUCCUCACAUCUCCGAGUUCCCCAGCGGUUCCGGAUCCCGCUCCCCUGGCCCGUCCAACCCCACGAGCAGCGGAGACUGGGACAGCAGCUACCCCAGCGCGGAGUGCGGCAUCAGCACCUGCAGCCUGCUCCCCAGGGAUAAAUCGCUCUACCUCACCUAAGCCUGCCUCCCUCUCCUCCCUGAGGCUUGCUGGAAGGGCACUGCUCAGAGCCUGAAGGGCUGACAGCAGAAGAGAGGCCUUGGCAGGAAGCAGGGUGACGGCGAAGAGAGAGCAGUGACACGCCAACGGCCCAGGGCUGGGUCUCUUCCUCGACCUCCCACCAGACUCUGCAGAGCCAGCCCAAAGAACCUGCAGGAACCUUCCGCCCCCACCCGCUUGCUCCAGGGUUACGUGGACCCUGCUCCUCGCCCUGCCACGGUCCCCUACGUCUGGACGUCUGGCCCCGGCCCACACUCGUGGGAGCUGCCCCUGCCGGGUUGCUCUCCAACAGAAGGCCACCCCCAGAUGCAUGGGGCGGGGGCCAGCUCAGCCCCAGACGUGCAAAUCUGGUUUUACAGUGUGAACAAGAGAUUAUGAAACUUAUAAACUGUCGGCUCCGUGUAAGUACUAGUUGACUAAGUGUUUUAGAACUGUGCUGAAGACACCUGUAAGAUUAUUUUGUGGGGGGUGGGGAGUAGUUUCCUUUAAGGUAAAAAGCAUUUUAUAUGCCCCUUAGCACAUUUUUUUUUUUAAGUUUUAUCUUAAGGGAGACGUGCACAAAAGAGACCGCCAAACCGUUUCAUCCUCUGUACAGCAGGAACCAGGCAAUUUCUAGCCACAGCCAGAGACGUUUUAAAAUCAUACCUUCAUCUAUUUAAAAUGGCCAGUGAUGACUUUUGUCUAUUUAUGAGGACUGAUUGAGAGCAAAGAUGCAGUGGAUCAUAAAGCGUGCGUGGUUUGGGGGUUUGGUUUGGGUUCUUCAUGUUUGCAGCUGUUUUCUGACCCUGCAAAUAUCUGUCUUGGUGCCCAGUGCUUCUCUCAAAUUUCUUUAUAAUAAAACUCCUCAAAAGUUGGAAA